UAUGGUGAGGUGGUUUACUAUGUGCGGUUGGUGUUGCAGCGCAAGUCGGUGUGCAAUAAGGUGUUCAAAGCGCGCAUAACGGUAAAAAACCGAUUGGAUUUAAGCAAUGCCACAGAUUUGGUUGAGCCUUAUGAACUCAACAUCCCCUGUGUGACCACAACUAGUGCUGAGGCUGCGCCACUCAACUUCACUCUGUCCACGGGCACUGGCUAUGUGCCCGGCCAAAGUAUUUUCUAUACGCUGUAUGGUCGACACAAAUUUGCGGCAUGCAACAGAUUACGUGUGAACUUAUGUCAACUAAGCACAUUUCGUGCAAGCAAACCGCAGACGAAAACGAGGGAAUUGCUGAAGGUGCUAAAAAGUAAUACCCACCAAAUAGGUUCCUCAUACGUCACGGUGUGCGGUCAGCUAAGCAUACCGCUAGUGGCGCACAUUACACUGAAGAGUAAUGAAAAUAAUCUCAUACAAAUCAGUCAUUUUGUUGAAGCUAUGCUGAUAAAUAAGAAGCACAUCUUACAAAAGUUAAUCAUACCGAUUGUGAUUGGUACAGUACCUCCAAAGAGGAAAGAACGAACGCCAGAGGAGAAGUCUUUCGAGCUACUGGAACAUUUUUAUUGUUACGAUAAUUUGGCGACUGACGAGAUUU